CGGGAGGCUAUGUUUCGUUUUUUCAUCGCGCCGCAUCUCCCCAUCGACUGGAAUCGCACACGAUGCGGCUCAAUUCGAAGCUGGGCCGCGCCCUCGCCGUAACGCUCGGCGUCCUCGGUGACGAUGUCUCGGCGGCCUCGUUCCCAGACGGACCAUUCACAACCUCAGGCAGAUGGAUCGUUGGGAAGAGCGGCUCCAACCUCAACUUCGCCGGGGUCAAUUGGCCCGGCCACGGCGAGGCCAUGAUCCCUGAGGGCCUCCAGUACCAGUCGGUUGCGUCCAUCGUGUCGCGUGUCAAGAGCCUGGGCAUGAACGCCGUUCGCCUGACGUACGCCACCGAGAUGGUGGACCAGAUGGCCGGGUCGGGGGCCGGGGCCGACGUCACCUUGGACAAGGCGCUGGGAGCUGCUCUAGGGUCCGAGAAUGGUACGGCGAUUUUGAAGCGCAUCAUGGAGAACAACCCAGGUUUCAAGGCGGGCACGACGAGACUGCAGGUGUUUGAUGCCGUCGCCGCCGAGUGCGCAAAGCAGGGGAUCUACGUCGUGCUCGACAACCACGUCUCCAAGGCGCAGUGGUGCUGCACGCCGCUGGAUGGCAACUCGUGGUGGGGGGACACGUUGUUUUCGGCCGCCAAUUGGACACGAGGGUUGUCUUACAUGGCGAACCAUACCAAAUCCUGGCCCAACCUUCUGGCCAUGUCGCUGCGCAACGAGCUGCGCCAGCCCUUCACAAACAUCACCCUCUACCGCAGCUCCUACAACUGGGAGACGUGGUACCAGCAUACUAAGGACGGCGUCGCGGCGAUCCGCAAAGAGAACCCGGACGCCCUGGUCUUUCUCUCGGGCCUCGAGUCGGACACGACGCUGCAGCCCGUCGUGCGGGGCGAAGUGCUGACCCCGGGCUCGGCCCGCUUCUCCGUGGCCGACUUCCCCGGCGGCAGCUCCGAGAACAAGCUCGUGUUGGAGCUGCACAGCUACUCCAACGUCAUCAACCAGGGACAGGCCAACAACUGCACGGCGCUGCGGGCGGCGCUCCGCGACGGCGGCUUCGAGGCGCUCCUGUCCAACUCGACCGAGGGCGGUGCGGGCGGUGCGGUCGUCAAGAACCGCCUCCCCGUCCUCCUGACCGAGUUCGGCUGGGCGCAGCAGGACGAGAAGGAGUGGGGCUCGGCGUACGCGACGUGCCUGCGCGGCUUCGUCGGCGACACGGGCGCCGGCUGGACGGUCUGGGUCCUGGCCGGCAGCUACUACACGCGCCAGGGGAGCCAGGACAACGACGAGGCUUGGGGCCUGCUCAACCACGACUGGUCCGACUGGAGGGCGCCACGCGCGCGCGUCGAGGCGGAUCUGGUGCCGCUGGUCAAGGACACGCUGGCUUUCACGAGAUCCCCUGAGGGAGGCGGCGACAAUGGGACAAAUCCUAGGUCUGCUGCUGCUUUUGGCGUUCAGCCGACUGGGCUUUUUGGCAUAGUUGUAGCGGUGAGCUUUGUCGCCGGUUCUUGGCUAUUUUGACAGGCCGCUUUGCUUCCCCAUGUUCCAGCAUGGCCUCUGCCCCAGUUUCGGGGUUGUAUAUGACUGAUACACUUGGACAUGAGCUGCGUUCCAUAUUGACGAGCCUGAUUUCUAGCUCGAAUAUACACUUCAAUUCGACGUA